ACCGCCGUUUCCGGCAUGUUCAGAGCUACAAGAGCGAUGGAUCAGUGGAGGGCGGGGGAGAGACUCCAAUGCCCAGCGGGCUGUGCGCGGGCGGCGCUUGCGCGAACGGCGGACGGGGGGGCGGUCGGGCCAUUUAAAUGUGUGUUUGUGGGUGAAAUGGCUGCGCAGGUCGGAGCGGUUCGCGUAGUACGGGCGGUGGCGGCGCAGGAGGAGCCGGACAAAGAAGGGAAGGAGAAGCCCCAUGUUGGGGUCUCGCAGCGGGGAGUGAAGCGGCAGCGCCGGGCGAGCAGCGGGGGUUCUCAGGAGAAGCGGGGGCGGCCGAUCCAGGACCCUCCUCUCGCUCCCCCUCAUCGGCGGCGUCGGAGCCGCCAACAUCCCGGGCCGCUGCCUCCAACGAAUGCGGCCCCAACCGUCCCGGGCCCUGUGGAGCCUCUGCUCCUGCCGCCUCCGCCGCCGCCGUCGCUGGCGCCCGCCGGGCCCGCUGUCGCUGCCCCGCUCCCGGCCCCGGGCACCUCGGCCCUCUUCACCUUCUCGCCCCUGACGGUGAGCGCGGCCGGGCCCAAGCAUAAGGGCCACAAGGAGCGGCACAAGCACCAUCACCACCGCGGCUCCGAUGGUGACCCCGGCACCUGCGUUCCGGGCGAUCUGAAGCACAAGGACAAGCAGGAAAACGGCGAGAGGAGCGGAGGGGUGCCUCCGAUCAAGGCCCCCAAGAGAGAAACAGCAGAUGAAAAUGGUAAAACCCAGAGAGCUGAUGAUUUUGUCUUGAAGAAAAUAAAGAAGAAAAAGAAAAAGAAACAUCGAGAGGACAUGCGAGGAAGACGCCUUAAAAUGUACAAUAAGGAAGUACAAACCGUCUGUGCUGGCUUGACCCGCAUCAGCAAAGAAAUUCUUUCUCAAGGACAGCUAAAUAGCACUUCAGGAGUUAAUAAGGAGUCCUUCAGGUAUCUGAAGGAUGAACAGCUGUGCAGAUUAAAUUUGGGCAUGCAAGAAUAUCGGGUGCCCCAGGGAGUACAGACACCUUUUACAACGCACCAAGAACAUUCUAUUCGCAGAAAUUUCUUAAAAACAGGUACUAAAUUUAGCAACUUUAUUCAUGAAGAACAGCAGUCCAAUGGCGGUGCUCUUGUCCUUCAUGCGUACAUGGAUGAACUCUCAUUUUUGUCUCCAAUGGAGAUGGAGAGAUUUUCUGAGGAGUUUCUUGCUUUGACAUUCAGUGAAAAUGAGAAAAAUGCUGCCUACUAUGCUUUAGCAAUAGUGCAUGGAGCGGCUGCCUAUCUCCCAGACUUCUUGGACUACUUUGCUUUUAAUUUUCCCAACACUCCAGUGAAAAUGGAAAUUUUGGGCAAGAAAGAUAUUGAAACAACCACCAUUUCAAAUUUUCACACUCAGGUCAACAGGACAUAUUGCUGUGGAACCUACCGAGCAGGUCCUAUGCGGCAGAUCAGUCUUGUUGGAGCAGUAGACGAAGAAGUUGGUGAUUAUUUCCCAGAGUUCCUUGAUAUGUUAGAAGAAUCACCAUUUCUAAAAAUGACUUUGCCCUGGGGUACACUUUCCAGCCUCCAGCUACAGUGUAGGUCUCAGAGCGACGAUGGGCCUAUAAUGUGGGUGAGGCCAGGAGAACAGAUGAUCCCCACAGCAGAUAUGCCAAAGUCGCCCUUCAAAAGACGACGAUCAAUGAAUGAAAUUAAAAAUCUCCAGUACCUACCUCGGACAAGUGAACCCCGAGAAGUCCUCUUUGAAGACAGGACAAGAGCUCAUGCUGAUCAUGUAGGUCAGGGGUUUGACUGGCAGAGUACAGCUGCUGUUGGUGUUCUGAAGGCUGUACAGUUUGGCGAAUGGAGUGACCAGCCUCGCAUAACCAAAGAUGUGAUUUGUUUUCAUGCUGAGGACUUCACUGAUGUUGUACAGAGACUACAGUUAGACCUUCAUGAACCUCCAGUUUCCCAGUGUGUACAGUGGGUGGAUGAAGCAAAACUAAACCAAAUGAGGAGAGAAGGUAUUCGCUAUGCUAGGAUUCAGCUUUGCGACAAUGAUAUCUACUUCAUCCCUAGAAAUGUCAUUCAUCAGUUCAAAACAGUGUCAGCAGUAUGCAGCUUAGCCUGGCAUAUAAGGCUUAAACAGUACCACCCUGCUGUGGAAGCCCCUCAAAACCCAGAGAGCAACUCCAACAUGGAUUGUGGUUUAGCAGUUGACUCCCAGUGUGUGAGAAUAAAAAGCGAACCAGAGGAAACACGCACAGAGGUGCAGCUUUCGACAACUGCCUCUUCAUCGUUCCCACCUCCAUCAGAACUUCACCUACAGGACCUGAAGACUCAGCCUAUUCCAGUUUUCAAGGUGGAGAGUAGACUGGACUCUGACCAGCAGCAGCACAGUCUGCAGGAACAUCCAAGCACUCCUGUGUGAUGUGUACAUAUUCAAACACAUUUUUUAACUUUUUUAAAUUUUGAUGUGAAGUUAUAGUUUUAUAACUGGCUUAAGUUAAGUUUUAUUGGAGAAAUCUUGCCUAUAAUUCUAUAAAGAGAAAUGACAUU